AACGGUACUGAAGAAACUUAACCAAAGCACUUUUCUCUUCUCCUUUAAUGGCAGAUCUUGCAUUUUAUUGAUUUGCAUUGUGAGUUUACGGCGUCCUCAUUGAGUUCUCUGAGUCCAAUCGUUCCACGGAGUUGAACAAAGGAGUGAUCGGAGAUGCUGGACGGAAUCCUAGGCCGUGGUUUUGCUUCCAAAUGUAAAUCAUUGAUAAAAGUGAUAAAGAGUCGGAUCGAUGUGAUAAGGAGGAAGAAAAGUGCCACGCUUAAGUUUUUGAAGAAAGAUAUAGCUGAUCUGCUCGCUAAUGGCCUUGAUAUUAAUGCUUAUGGCAGGGUGGAAGGAUAUAUAGCUGAAUUGACCCUGUCGUGUUGCUACGAUUUUGUCGAGAAAUGUUGUGAUUUUGUGUCGAAGCAUGUUUCAGUUAUGCAAAAACUGAGUGAUUGCCCCGAAGAUUGCAGGGAGGCUGUUGCGUCUCUAAUGUUUGCAGCUGCAAGAUUCUCUGAUUUGCCAGAGUUGCGUGAUCUUAGGCAAAUAUUUCAUGAGAGAUAUGGAAAUUCCCUGGAAUUAUUUGUCAAUAAACAGCUCGUCGAGAAUUCAGCUUCAAAUCCAUCCAAAAUGGAGAAGAAAGUCAAGGUCAUGCAUGAUAUAGCAUCAGAGUUUUCCAUAAAUUGGAACUCUGAAGCUUUUGAGCGAAGAAUGUCUAAACCAACUGUGAUUCCACAGGACCAACCUAAAAAUUAUGGGUCUUUCCAUGUCAAUGGUGAUAAGCAUAAAUCAAAUGAUGGAAAAAGUGCCGAUCCACAAGGGGAUAAACCUAAAGUUUCAUCUAAAGAAAAACUUGAUAUGGGUAAGGGUGGGCAUAGAUUGCACAACCGCAAGGAGGAUAAUGUGUCAAAAAGAGAUGAGCUUAUCUUUCCACCUAAACAGGAAUUGUCUGUUGAGGGGUACAAGCCACAUAAUGGCAGGGAGGAAGCUUUCCCAAGGAAGGAGAAUCAUGACGUUCCAUUGAGGCAAAAGCAAGAAGUUUCUGCUGGUAAGCUUGAAUUUUGGAAUGGGAAGGAUGAUGUUGCCUUGAAAACAGCCAGAUUAAGCAGUUCUUCUCAUGUGAGAAGAAUGGAAACAGUUCAUGGUGAAGCCAAGCUAAAAAACAGUAGGGAGAAUAGAGUACCUAGAAUAGAUAACCAAGAUGUUCUACCACAGGGAAAGCCAGAUCUAGAUCCUAGUUAUGCAGCUCCACAAUUAAAGAGUCAUGAUAAAGAUCUCUUUGCUGCUAAUAACUAUGCUGGCCAAUACAAUGUCCAAAAUUCAACAAGAAAGGCUCAUGAGGAAGAUGAACCCAAGUGGAAGCCCUACUUCAAUAGUGGCAUCCCUCCUCCUUAUGUUAAACCCAAUAUCAAACCAAAGGAUCUCAAGCAUGGUGCCAGUGAAGGAUCUUCACAUGCUGGUUUUGACAGCAAUGGAGUCUCUGCUGAUCCUUCAACACAUAACAGGGCCUAUGCAGUCAAUAGAACUGAUAAGUACCAAGAAGGUUUGUAUUAUCCUGAUAAAGAGGGGCAGAUAAUUCCACCUACAAAAGUGAUUAGUAAUGAUUGUGAAAAAGAUUGUUACUAUAAUCACGAUGGGAGCGAUACCCCCAUAUCAAGACGAAGAUCAUCAAGGAGGCGACAUUUGAAAUCACCAUCUGGUCAUAAUGGAGUCGAUGAUGUUGAAGAUACAGAGUUUGCAAGGAGGAAGCCGAGAAGCAGGAGAAGGGAUGACUCAAGAAGAGGCCUGCAAAUCUUGUUUGAUGAUGAGCAGCAUAGAAAUGAUGAGGAGGAAAGGAUAAUUGAUAAGCUGUUGAUGCAUUACAGUAAGAAGCCAUCAUCCUGUGAUGAGGGAAAGGCAAGAAGAAAGUCUAAAAGUCGUCAUGCACAUCAUAUGGGAAGUGAUGUGGGUGAAGUCCCACAGAUCGCAAGCAGAGAUAGAUCUGAUGAUAUGUCUAAGACCAUUUCCCAUCCGGCCCGAUCAAUUUCUCUCCCUCAUGAACAAACAGCUCAAUCAGAGGGAACUAAAGUGUAUGCUCGUGCUAUAUCCUUCCAGCAAGAUAUGUCAAAUGCUGCCCGGCAUGUGCAUCCAAAGUUACCAGAUUAUGAUGAUUUGGCCGCUCACUUUGCUGCAAUGAAAGGGAGAUAGAGGAUUAAGCAUAUUGAAAUCAUUAUUUUUAAUCUAAUCAGUUUGAUUGCAUCAAGCGUAAACUUCCUGCAUUUGCAUAGCUGAGUUGGUGCUGGCGCCGUCUUUUGCAGAAUUCUUGAGCGAUAAUUCGAUGGGAUAGGUGGUGCCCCUGCAUUGUUGGCCUUGCACUUAACAUACAUAUUGCUUAGUAGUUUGAGUAUACUUUCUUAUGUGUUUAUAGCACCGUUAUUACUAUUUCCUGUGACCCAUGGCCGUAACAAGCAUAUAUACACUUCCUGAUUCAAUUUUUUUGGAUGACAUGAUUGUACAAGAUGUGUAAUCUAUGCAUUUAAGCUUGAAAUGAUACGAGUUUCUGUAUUAGUGGA